CCUUUCUCCCCGCCCACUCCCUGCCUGACAGCCGGCUGAAGCUCCCCGCCCUGUGUGGCGUCACUGGGAGGCCGGCUCAGGAGCACUGCGAAGGCAAGAUGGCGGCCACCACGGUCUCGGGCGUUAAAGUUCCUCGUAAUUUUCGACUUUUGGAAGAACUCGAAGAAGGUCAGAAAGGAGUGGGCGAUGGUACAGUAAGCUGGGGACUUGAAGAUGAUGAAGACAUGACACUCACAAGAUGGACUGGCAUGAUUAUUGGACCUCCUAGAACAAUUUAUGAAAACCGAAUAUACAGCCUUAAAGUAGAGUGUGGUCCCAAAUACCCAGAAGCACCUCCGUUUAUUAGAUUUGUAACAAAAAUUAAUAUGAAUGGAGUCAAUAAUUCUAAUGGAGUGGUGGACCCCAGGACCAUAUCCGUUCUAGCAAAAUGGCAGAAUUCCUAUAGCAUCAAAGUUAUACUCCAAGAAAUGCGGCGUCUAAUGAUGUCCAAAGAAAAUAUGAAAUUACCACAACCUCCCGAAGGACAAUGCUACAGUAAUUGAAAAAACAAAAACGAAAAAAAAGUUACAAAAAAAAAAAAUUCACAAAAAUAAAUGGAAAAAAAAGAAACUGAAAGGAAACAUUCAUGCCCAAUGUAAAAAAAAUUAAGCUUUCUUCAUUUUCCACAGUAGUAAAUUUUCUAGAUACAUCUUGUAGGCCUCAAAGUACCGCAGAAAAACCCAUUUCCUGAGAUAAAAAUCAGUUUAACUUAAGACUAUAAAACUAUACUAAUAUAUAUUUUUUUUUUCUCUCCGUUCCCAAUCCGAAAUCUGAGUUGUGCUAUAACAAUCCUGUCAGGUCUAACCACUGUCUAAAUAGUUUGACUUCUGGUGUCAAGAAAAAUCUAUUUAAAUUUAUUACUGUACGAGAGGAGUGUGGCACAUUAACUCGACUGUGAAAACGUGUAUCACACAAUCACAUUGCUGCAGAAUAUCUUUUUUUUUUUUUUUCUUUUUUUUUUUUGGGCCUGGUUUUAUUUUCUUGCUUUCGACUUGUAGUUAAUGAGCUAAUCAUGAGUCCCACAAAUGUCCCCAUCCCUGCUCCCCUCACCUGCCUCCCCCCUCCCCUUAUUUUUAUGUGUGCCCGGCUAUAAACUGGGCUUCAUGGACUACUAAUGAGAAUGCGUGCUAACAUGGGUCAUCCCUCCCUUUGUGUUCUCUUUAAUAAAUGCUGAAUGUGGCA